GGUGCUCUGGAGGCAGUGCUGGAUUCCAACACCGAGGUAGCUCCCUUUCAAGUUCUGCUUCAAGUUCCCGGCUCACAGGUGUACUCUCCCAUAGCAUGUGGAGAGUUCCUGGAUGGAUGCGACGUUCACUGGGCCAUAGCCACUGGUACCACAUUAGAGGAAAUCAACCAGCACUGGAACUGGCUGGGACAGAAUCUCCUCCAUACUCUGUGUUUGAUUAUAAAGACGACAUGGCCAGCUUUGUCAAGGGGAAGGUGAAGGUAGGCCCUUUGAUCUCCACCUUUCUCCCCAUCUCGGGUGACUCUUCAUGACAUUUUGAACUCUGCCACGUACCCACAGUCUUCACCAGUCCGAUUACACUUUUUGGAUUAAUGCGCAAAGGCAAAUUAGUUCAAUUUGUCACCUGUCAGUCUUUGCGGCACAUAAAGAUACAACUGAAAUUUAGGAAAAAAAGAGGGUGGUGCUUCAUCCUCAGGCCUAAUUCCUGUUAUCUUUUAAAGAUAUAAUCAUCCUUUUUUUUUUUCUCGUGGGAUACCAUAAUGUUAAGAUUUCUGUUUUUGCAGAGCAACAUAUUAUUGUCUUCCUCAAAUUAAUUAUUCCUGAUUCAUUUUCUCUUUAGCUGUAACAUUUGUGACCACGUUGGACCUAGUGCUCUGGUCCCACUAAUAGUGGAUGUUUGUUCUGCAGAUGCUAAUUAAAUGCAGUUACAGCCAGCUCUUCCUGGAACCAGACAUGCAGCCAUGACAGUUGGGAGGCCCUAUGGCCACCAUCAUGUCUGCUUGGAGCCUCUGAAUCCUGUUCUCCGUCAUGCCAGUCAGCUCUAGAGCCUGAUAAAUAAUGAAGAAAACAGUACACUUCACCAGCACUGAGGUUUAUUUUAUAUUCAUCUUGUAAUACCUUGGGUUGAUAUCCAGAAAUUGGAAAGGACAGCCAACGUCUUUGUGGCGGACACCAUUCGGAUCACCACACAGAAUAAGGAGCGUGACUCCUCCAUGUUUCUGAUCCUGGAUGCGGUCUUAAAGAUCAUGGAGCAGCUGGUAGAUGUGAUACUGCGGAGGCUGCUGGAUAAUGAGGUCUGGAGCCAGAUGUGCAGGAGCCAAGCCAGAUCACCAAGAGGCUACCAAGAAACAGAAGCUGCACACUGUGAUGGACCUGCUCCUCUGGACGCCCUUCAGUCGGUUCCACACCGCAGGACGCAUGUUUUCCUCUGACAGCUCCACCUGCUUUGCCAGCAUAGAAGAUGACUGCUACAAUGUUGUCCUUCUGCUCAGAGAGGUAGUGAGCAUGGAGAAGAUGGAGGACACCAGUUUGCUGCCCAGCCCCGUCCUCAUCAGCAUCAGGAGCAAGAUGGCCUUCCAGUUCAUCGAGCUCAAGGAUAGAGAGACCUUGGAAGAGACCCUGCUUGAGAGACUGAAGCAGGUUCACGCCAACCAUCCUGUGCACUAUGACACAUCAACCAAUGACAAGGACAUGGGCUGGACACACAUCACCUGUUUUGUACUUGACAAGCAGGUGCAGUGACCACAAGUUUGGGGAUCUUGAAAUGGUGUCUUGUCACAGCAGCAAGGAGCGUGAAGACAAGAGCCUACCUCUGCACCCCGGACACCUGACCAUGGUCCUCCAGCCUUUGGGCAGCCAGAACCCUGACUCCCACCUGGUUGUUGAAGCUACUCCUUCCCUGGUGUGCCAUGGACACUGGAAGCUGGGCAAUGACCAUGGAGGGUGUGGCACCUGAGCACCAGCUCCUCCACCUGGGUGGAGAGGUGGCCGUGGAUCUUGGGCAGCAAGGGCUCUAUUGAGGACUCAGCAGAAGGGGAGCUGGCCUUUCCCCUGUCCGUUAGUGGCUCUCAUGUCAUUCCUGCUGUGUGACUUGGGCAGUGGGCGGUGACGGUCCUGUGGGUUUUCAGGUGUCAACCAAGUGUUCCUCCCACUGGCCGGUGGCAUCUGUGAGCAUCUCAGUGUCAGUUUCCCGCGUGUGUGUCCUUGGACAAAGGGCUGCCUGUCCUCUAAUUUUAAGAACUAAAAAUAUUUUUGCUACAUUCAUACUUUUUCUUUAUAUGGAAAAUUUGAGGCGAAUAGACUCCAAUUUCGUAAGUAGACUCUAUGUGGCAAUGAAGAGACUAGUUUUGACCUUGUCACUCCCUUGGGGACCAGGUGUGGCUGCAGACCUUAUUACCCCACACUCUAAGUUACUGCAGCUCCUGCAGCAUCAGUUGUUACUUUUAGUGAUCCAGACUGACCUUUCUUUUCAGAUGUGAUGCAUGCACACACACACACACAUUGGAGGUAUGGGUAUAUAUAUAUAUGUGUGUGUGUCUAUUCAUUAUGUGUGUGUGUACAUAUAUAUAUAUAUAUAUCCACAUUCAUAUAUAUACAUAUGUAUACAUAUAUAUAUAUAAUUAUUUCCUUAAUCUAUAAUUUCCUAAGUAUUGAGCAUAUAUGUAUCCUCCCAUUGCUGAAGAAUGCAGGUUAUUAAAAGCAUUUCACCAUAACCAACUCAAACUCUCUCUGAGCGUGUGUGCUUGUAUGUCUGUUGAGUGUGUGCGUGUGUGUGCCUUCAUGCAUGUGAGUAUCAUAAUAUCCAAUAUUUCAUUUCUCCCAUUGGAAAUUGAGUCAGAAAAUGCAAUCUGCCAUACUCCCAAUACCAAAAUGUCAUUUUGAUCAAAUGAAACAUUCUUUCAUCUAGGGUUGAAUGUUUCCGCUAGGAAUUACUGGUAAAAUGAAUAGAUUCAAAUCAUGAAAGUGGAUCAGAAUACAGAAACAUAUUUUAAAUAACAAAACUUAAGGUCCAAUUAUGUAUGGAAUUGAUGAGUAAACAUUUUAGAAGUCAAUCUCAUUGAUCAUCCAUGAUGCAAUGCUUUAGCACUGCCCAGAGAGACAGGAGCAGAUUCUUGUCCACAGGUUCCAGCGGUGA